AUGGGCCAAGCAUAUAUUUGUCAUUAUGAAGAUCAUUGGUUUGCUCUUCGAAAAAUAGGUACAACAUGGUUCGUUCUGAAUUCUUUGUUCAAAACACCUCGAAUAGUUUCGGAAACUUUUAUGGAACUUUACAUUACACAGCUUUAUACAGAAGGUUGGUCAAUUUAUCUGGUUGAGGGACAACUUCCUUCUUGUGCUGCCGAUAAUUCUCCUGAUGACGAGUUGACUGCUACCUCAGCUUCGCUCUCUAAACAAACUGAGGAAUUGGAACUUCAGCGGGCCCUUGAGGAAAGCUUGCGUGAGGCAAACAGAUUAAAAUCUUUAAAAACUGCUGAAUCCUCGAUGGUGCAUGAAGCGAUGAAACAAAGCUUACAGAAACCAGAAGAAUCGGCAGCAAGUACUUCAAUGUCUGGAAAAUGUCAAUCAAAGGAUGAUCAGAAUUCCCAAUCAAGUUCUAGCAGUUUGAGAAAAUAA